AUGGCUGAUAGCCAGGGCCAGACAGUUGAAUACCAAUGGGCCUACUCUAUUAUGGACUCAAGUAGAGUAUCUACAUUCCUCAUAUCCAUGCUACUUAUAGUUUAUGGUUCCUUUCGAAGCCUCAACAUGGAACAGGAGGCUAGAGAAAGAGCGGCGGCAACAAGUGCAUCGAAUUGUCUUCUGAAUACUCCACCUAGCACUCCUGGUGACACUGAUAGUCAUAAUAAUGUACAGACAUUGGACACUAUGCAGGCACUAUGUUUACCUUUAGUUGCUAGUGUCUCUUUGUUGAUUAUGUUCUUCUUUUUUGAUUCAAUGCAGAUGUUAUUUGCUAUAUGCACAGCUGUAAUCGCAACUGUUGCCUUGGCCUUUCUGCUGUUGCCGAUGUGCCAGUACAUCUUGGGGCCCUGUUCCGAUGGCAAUAAAAUAUCUUUCGGCAAGUGUGGCCGCUUCACAGCAGCUGAACUGUUUUCUUUCUCCCUCUCUGUGUUCAUAGUCUGUAUUUGGGUUUUGACAGGUCACUGGCUAUUAAUGGAUGCAAUGGGUAUGGGUUUGUGUGUCGCUUUCAUUGCUUUUGUAAGGUUGCCCAGUUUGAAAGUAUCAACCCUAUUGUUGACUGGAUUACUCAUAUAUGAUGUGUUUUGGGUUUUUUUCUCAUCAUAUAUUUUCAACGCCAACGUUAUGGUGAAAGUGGCUACUAGAUCAGCUGAAAAUCCUGUUGGUGUAGUUGCAAGAAAACUGAAUAUAGGUGGAGUAGCGAAGGAAGCUCCCAAACUGAGUUUACCAGGAAAGCUUGUCUUCCCGAGUAUUCAUAAUUCAGGACAUUUCAGCAUGCUAGGUUUGGGUGAUAUUGUGAUGCCAGGUCUGCUGCUGUGCUUUGUACUCCGUUAUGAUGCUUAUCGCAAAUCCCAGGGCCUCAGUGGCUCUCGACUGACAUAUUUCCAUUGCUCUCUCUUUGGAUACUUUUUGGGUCUUUUGACCGCCACGGUGACCAGUGAGCUGUUCAAAGCUGCCCAACCGGCUCUCUUAUAUUUAGUUCCGUUUACUCUGUUGCCUUUGCUAACCAUGGCAUACCUCAAGGGAGAUUUACGGAGAAUGUGGUCUGAACCUUUUAAAUCAUUAGCCGUUUCAAGGCAUUUACAAGAUGUGUGA